CCGACCUUCACAACAUGUGUGAAUAUGUAAUCUGUGACUAAGGUGUUGUGCUUUAUGUUGUGUAACAGGGAGAGCUGUGAUGCUGUUGGGUUUGUGACUUUAUGCACUGCAGAAGGUGUCAAGAUGAGGUGGGCUUUGUGUAGAACAUCACUGCACAGGAUGACACAAUCUCUUGGAGUCACUUAUAAGGUUCGAACACUUCAUGUGAAAUGUUACCCGGACUGUAAACAAGAAGGCAAUUCAAAACCUCUAUCUUUUUCUGCUAGCAAAGCCAGUCACCGACACUGGACUGUGUCUAAAUCACUGGGCAGUGAAAGCACAAGACCAGUGUGGAAAGUUCUUCCAUUAAGUAUAUUUGUUGCCGCCAUUUUAAUAUGGGCAUGUUUUAGAGGAGAAACAGACAUUGAUGAAAUAAUAUACAAGCCAAUAGAACAGCUUCAAAAUGAAGAACCUGAUGGUGGAAUAAACAAAUAGUUUCGUUCUUUGUUGUAAAAAAAAUGAGGAUUUGGAUGCGUUUAUCUAUUGUAAAAAUUACAAAGAAUCUUGUGAAUAUUACAUUUUUUAUUUACACGUCUACAGCUGCUUGCUGACCAUUUCAGAGUUGGAUUUCAUUGUAUGUGUUAGUAGCUUAACUUAGCCAAAUCUACAAAAGUAUUUUGACAUUUUAAAGUGAUAUGAAACUUUCUUUAAUGAUUCAGAUAGCACAUGGAAUUUUCGAACAACUUUCUAAUUGACAUCUAUUUUCAAAUGUUUUGGUAUCUUUUAUUGAAAAGCAGAGAUGUACGCUUAGGAUUGAUGCCUACCUAGGUAUCUCUUUAACACAGAAUAUUGUGGGAAUUAAGCAAAUUUUAUAAUAGAAGUUAAUUGGAAACUUUUUUUUUAAAACUGUAUACUAUGAAUCCGCUAAAAAAAAUUUCCAUAAAUUCUCAUUAAACGUUUGUAAUCUGCCAAA